AUGUCUGCUUUAAAACGUACACCAACGCGGGCACGUAGUCCACACAUACAACAAACACCAAGCCCGGCACCGUCACCAACCUACUCCUAUCCAACAACACCUACCAGCUCCACUCCACCGCGCUCAGAGACACCAAUCACACCAACGACGACGCCAGGAACUAAUCGUCAGAAUGUACAAGUCACAGUACGAGUGCGUCCACCUAAUGACGUUGAGCUUAACCGUGGCGAGACCGACGUUUGGGAAGUAGACAAGGACAGCGGUCGAAUUUGUUUAGACGCUGCCUACGCAGAGCGCUAUAGGCGGCCGCGUGCAGAGUAUUAUUAUGAUGAAGUAUUUGUGGGUAGUGAUAAUCGUUCGCUAUUUCAAAAAGGAAUACAGGAAACCGUGCUUGCCACGAUGGAAGGAUAUAAUG